AUGUGGAGGUCCUGUGUGAGUGUUGGUCGUGCGGCCCUUGUGGGUCCCCACCGUCGGUGGUUGUUUCAGUCCAGGGCGGUCCUUGCCGCAAAAGUGUACACUUUCGAGGACGUGCGGCGGCUUGUUCAGCAACCUGCCCCGGGGAGGUUGCUCGUUGAUGUGCGGGAGCCAGAGGAGGUCCAAGAGAAUGCGCUGCCCGGUGCGGUGAACAUCCCUUUGAAAAGUUCCCCCGGUGCGUUGGGUCUCUCUGCGGAGGAGUUCCGCGACGUGUUCCACUUCGAUAAACCACCACUCGAUAGCGAACUCGUGUUCCUUUGUGCUAGGGGGGUCAGGGCCCAGACUGCGGAGGAACUUGCUAGAUCGUAUGGGUACGAGCAUACGGGUGUGUACCCUGGUUCCAUCGCAGAGUGGAUCAAGAGAGGCGGCGAGACCGUCAAGAAACAGACCAAAGCUUGA